UUUAAUUUAUUAAUGUUUUAUUUUCAACAACCAAUUAUUAAAAAAUGGUGAAGUUGUGUUAUUUAUGUAAUAGAAAAGCAUCAAGAGCUGACAAUAUUUCAUUGCAUCAAUUUCCUAAAAAUUUGGAGAUUCGUAUGAAGUGGCUAAAUGCUUGUGGAUUAACUAUAAAUGAUGAUGUAAGGAGAACGUGCAUAUGUUCCAGACAUUUCAAAACUGAUGAUGUUUGUCAAUCAAAUGUUUUUGGAGCUGUUAAAUCUUCUAUAAAACAUGACUCCUAUAAACAAUCUGAUUCAAAUGAAUUUAUGGAAAAUGCAAUCACAAAUUCUGACAACGAUGACAAAAAUACUGACGAAAAUACUUCUCCAAGUCAAUGUCGAAAGCGUAGAUUUUUCGAGCCCCGUCAUGUGAGUGAAAUAUCGGAAUUAGAUUUUGCAACACCCAAAAGGGCUAACAGAACCAUUUCUUUGAUAAAAAAUACUGAUCAGAAAAGAAGAGAAAAAAUAAGACAGCUACAGAGGCAAACAAGGAAUCUUGAAAGAAAAAUUAAAUCUUUGAAAGAUUUAGUAAAUCAUCUUAAGGAGAACCGUAUGUUAACUGAUGAAAGUGGUGAUGCUCUGAUGGUAUAG